CGAUGGAUUCCUAGAGAGGAAGAAAAUCUGGGGUGGAGUUUGGGGGGUCUUAGGAGGGUGGGGAAAAAAAGAAAGGAACGUUUCGGUGCGGGGAUGCUGGCAGCGGCGUUGGCAGAAAGGGGUUGAGAUGGACCCUGCUCUCCCUCCGGAUCUUUCUGAGGGUAAAAGAUUUACCUGCAAGACAACUAUCAACCGAUAAUAGAAAUUCAGCCCAAGGCAGAAGCCGUCAGAAAGGAUGGAGCCUGGGAAACUCUUGGAUCCCCCGUCAGGCACAAGCAGCACUUUGAAAAACCACAAAUGUCUGGAAUGUGGGACAUUUUUCUGUGAGGAAGCCACUCUCACAAACCACGAGAGAAUUCACACAGGGGAGAAAAACAAAAAGUGCCUUGAAUGUGGGACGUGUUUUUCCGUAAAAUCAAACUUGCUGCAACAUCAGAGGCUUCACACUGGAGAGAGACCCUAUGAAUGCCCAGAAGGUGAGAAACGAUUUGUAAAUUCUUCCGAACUUCAGAAACACCAGAAUGGCCACAAUGAGGAAAAACCCUAUAAAUGUGGGGAGUGUGGAGAAAGUUUUCUUAAACAAAGGAUGUUUCAGAAUCAUGAGAGAAUCCACACAGGGGAGAAGCCAUUCAAAUGUGUGGAGUGUGGGAUGUGCUUUUCCCAAAAACCCAACCUUGGAAGGCAUCAGAGGCUCCACACGGGAGAGAAGCCAUACAGAUGUGUAGAAUGUGGAAAAUCUUUUACUCGAAAUGGAGACCUUUGGAGUCAUCAUAAAACCCACACAGGGGAGAAGCCAUAUCGAUGCAACGAAUGUGGACAAUCUUAUCGUACCACAUCAAGCCUUCGAAGUCAUGUGAAAAUUCACACAGGGGAAAAAAACUACAAAUGUUUAGAGUGCGGGAGAACAUUUGUUAAUUCAUCUAAUCUUAAAAGUCACAGCCGAAUCCAUACAGGAGAGAAGCCCCAUAAAUGCUUGGAGUGCAAUAAAUGUUUUUCUCAAAAAAGUAAUCUUAUGAUACAUCAGAAAAUCCACACUGGAGAGAAACCUUAUCAAUGUCUGGAAUGUGGGAAACCUUUUCUUCAAAUAGGAAGUCUUAAAAUCCACGAGAGGACUCACACAGGGGAGAAACCUUACAAGUGUUGGGAAUGUGGGAAGAGCUUUUCUCAGAAGGCAAAUCUUUGGGUCCAUGAGAAGAUCCAUGCAGGAAUCAAACCUUACAAAUGCUUUGAGUGUGGAAAAUGUUUCACUGAGAGCUCAUCACUUCGGAGUCACUGGAAAACACACACACGGGAGAAAAAUGAAAAGUGCCCAGAAUGUGGGAAAUGUUUUACCUUGAAAUCAAACCUGCUGCAACAUCAGAGGCUUCACACGGGAGAGAGACCCUAUGAAUGCCCAGAAUGUGAGAAACGAUUUGUAAAUUCUUCUGAACUUCAUAGACAUCAGGAAUGGCACAAAGAGGAGAAACUCUAUAAAUGUGGGGAGUGUGGGAAAAGCUUUAUUUCGCAGUACCGUGUUCAGAUUCAUCAGAGAAUCCACACAGGGGAGAAGCCGUACAAAUGUGUAGAGUGUGGGAAAUGUUUUAUCCAAAAAUGUGACCUUGGAAGGCAUCAGAAGGUCCACACGGGAGAGAAGCCAUACAGAUGCGUAGAAUGUGGAAAAUCUUUUGGUUAUAAGGAACUACUUUGGAGCCAUCAGAAAAUUCACACAGGGGAGAAGCCAUAUCAAUGCGUCGAGUGUGGGAGAUUUUAUCGUACCACAUCAGCCCUUAGAAGUCAUGUGAACAUUCACACAGGGAAAAAAAACUACAAAUGUUUAGAUUGUGGGAGAACAUUUGCUCAUUCAUGUUCCCUUCGAAGUCACAGCCGAAUCCAUACAGGAGAGAAACCCCAUAAAUGCUCAGAGUGUGAUAAAUGUUUUUCCCGGAAAGUUACUCUUUCGAAGCAUCAGAGAAUCCACACUGGGGGAAAACCACAUAAAUGUCUGGAGUGUGGGAAAUGUUUUGCCCAACCUUCAGCAGUUUGCAUGCACACCAUAAAUCACGCAGGAGAGUGACCUUACAAAGGGCCUCUGGUGGCUCAGACUGCUAAGACAAUUUUAUCUAUGGGGAUUCUCAGUCAUCCAGGUCACAAAGGUGCUUUUUUUCAGGAGGCACACUUGGGUUGUCCCAAAGGUCCUUGAGUGGCUCAGACUGCUAAGACAGUCUGUUAUUAACAGCAGCUGCUUGCAAUUACUGCAGGUUCAAGUCCCACCAGGCCCAAGGUUGACUCAGCCUUCCAUCCUUUAUAAGGUAGGUAAAAUGAGGACCCAGAUUGUUGGGGGCAAUAAGUUGACUUUGUAUAUAAUAUACAAAUGGAUGAAGACUAUUGCUAACAUAGUGUAAGCCGCCCUGAGUCUUCAGAGAAGGGCGGGAUAUAAAUGCAAAUAAAAUAAAUAAAUAAAAAAAAUGUGCAGAGGGCUAUAAAUCUUUUCAUUGAAAAUCACAGCCAAAAAUCACACCAGAAAGUCCACAGCAGCGAUAAAUCUCUUCCAUUGGGAACAAUGUUGGGAAUACUUUUUUUCAACAGUCACACCUCGCAAUUCAGCAAAAACGUCACACAGUGACAAAAGCAAAAUCAUACAAUUGUUUGGUGUGGGGAAAAUGUUUUUCCUAGUCAAAUAACCUUAAAUACCAAUAGAGUAGGAGUCUCCAACCUUGGCCGC